UUUUAUUGGGUCAAAUUAAAUUAAUAUAAAUAUAAAUUAUUAAACUGUUAUUUAACAUUACAUACGUGUUUUGAGUUAUUAAAUCUUUACUGGAAUCGGUGCAAGACAACAUCCAUUCUGAUCAUUCACAGCUUAUGAAUUUAACGUGAGAAAAAUAUCUAAACUUUCAAAUUAUAAAAAAAAUCAAGCUAACCGUGAAAUGUUAAGAAUAAGAAUAAAACUAAUAUUUUAAAAUUACAUUUGUUCGAGAACUAAAAAAAUAUUUAUGCAUCAGUAUUAAUAUUAAAAUACUUUAUAGGUACUGAUAAACAUUUAAUUCAUGAAUUACUGAAAAAUUUAUUAUGGUAUUACGAGUUAUCAUUAUAGUACGAAGUGAUUACCAAAAAUACUAUUUCACAUUAAAAUAUAAAUGCUUCUCCUCACAAAAUAAGAAAGUAAUAUAAAAGGGAGUAAAAUUAGUGAUUGGCUUAUGAAGAAUUUCGAACUAAACAAACAUCGAUGAGCAAAGAAUUUCAAAGGCACAAAGAACAUACGCGGAGAUUAGACAAACUGGUGAUAUUUGAUUUAACUUUCAUGACUAAAAUAAGCGUAACGUACAAGUUCUGGUAACUCCGAAGACUUCCUUCAUUUCGAAUUCAUACGUGAUUGACAUUUAUUAGGACCAAUGAGAAAGAGUUAUUCAGUGGGAGGAGCGAGAAGCUUCGAGAACUUGCGGUUUUGUCACAUAAGGAUGAAAUUCAUAUUCUCUACGAUUCGACUUUCCUUGGCAUCCAUCUUCCAUGUCAAACUCCCGAGACAAGGGUUCCCUUUUGUUUGAUAUCUUCGACUUUCAUAGAAAACUUCUCUUGGAUAUGUGUGGAAACUUCACCGGAGAUUAUCUAUAGUGUCGGAAGUAGCAUUAGAGAAUUCUUGCUGAUAACAGAAAAAAUUAAAGUAUCAAAAUAUCAGUCUCCGAUUUUUCUUCCAUCAGAUAACUACGUCCGGUAUUACACAACGUCACGUGUCCUUGUGCGCAUCUUCUUUUAGGCGGCAGAUUUCAGUGUAAGCGCGAUAGCUCCCGCAGUAAUAGUAUAUGUAACUAGAAGUAGAACUUCAAUUUCAGAGUUGAUUCUAGACUUAAAAACGACUUUUUCACAGUCAUCUUAGCUUGAGCGGCUACCUCAAAUCAUUGUCAGUUUGAACGUCUGACUCUUACAGUUCAUAACGUUACAAGCUACAAGAUGAAUCUAUCAGCAGAAACUUGCACGGAGGGAACUUCUGAAGAAAGACAGGCAAAACGAAAACGAUCUGAUAGCGGUAGCAGCAGCCAAACUGAAGUGACUGGAGAAAAUACAGUAACUGACCAGAGUAUACCAUCAAGAGAGGUAAAGACACCAUGGAUCUACGCUUUUGCUCCUAAUAUCAAAGAGAUGGAAAUAGAUAGCACUAAAGUUGGAAAAUGGCUUUUGUUUUACAACAAUCAAAAGAAGUGUGAGACAACAAGUCUGACAGAUCAUGACCUUGCUUGGCAGAACAUAGAAUCCCUCGUGUUAAAUAAUUAUCAAAAUGCAGGUAUUAUAGAGGCUAAAGCCUCCACAGCUCAGGCAGCUACCAAAUUUUCUUCGGGGAGCUCAUCUAGAGUAAUUUGUUGUUACGUAGCUGAUUAUACAAACAAAUAUGAAGUCAAAAGAGCGGCGGACGCAAUUCGACGGGUUAUCAGUCUGUCGUUUCCCAUAUAUUUUAAAACAGACGAAGCUACAUAUGCUCGUCAGUAUAGUCAUUUGGGUAAGAAAAACGUGUCUAUGUACAUGCACACACUUAACAAUGAUCUGUUCGAAAGAGAUGAAUUCGGCAAAUGGAGAAAAUUAGAUUUAUAAGAUGUAAUUACUGGUGCAUCAUUUACAAGUACGCCAGAACUCCGAGGGUUUCAGAAAGAUUGCAGCAUUAAAUAGCUCUAAAUAAUUAAUUUCAGAUUUAUAUAUUUGUAUAAAAACUUAUCGCAUUCCUAAAACCACUAAGUGUUCUGCGAUUUAAGUUCAAGACAUCUUGCAUCGCUGAAAUCUAUUGGAAAUACCCUGUAUAAUACAAAAUGAUUUAUGCUACAUUUCCCAAAUACAUAAAGCGUUUAUGAUCAAUUAUCUAGACACUGAAAGUAAAUUGAAGCAAACAAAAGUAGGGGUAAAUCUCUGUUGAGAAAGAACAACGUGAUAUGCUUUGCACAAAGCUAUUUAGCAUCUUUUAAAUUUCUCAAUAACUUUCGUUAAUUUAUUAAGCUUCUUAAAUGUGUUAUGUUUCUGUACCAUGUAAAAAAAAAUCUGAUGUGUACACUUCCUUGUACGGAAUAUUAAAUUAUACGCAUUUUUUCUUUCAUUUUAUUUAAACUUAUUAGAUUGAAUUAACCUACUUCGCCGACAGCGCAUAAACC